UUGCAGUGAGUGAAGAAGCAAGCGAAGCAAUGGAACCAAUGACGCCAAUCUCGUGCCCUAAGACUCCUCGUUGGAACCAAGACAGGCCCUUCCUCACUGGCCGCUUCCACCAGGGAACGAGGGCAAGCUCCAAACUUGCUGAUUCAAAGCGGUUUACUUCAUCAGACUCGUCUAGCAAUUCUGGAGUAGAACAGGCUAUAGGCUGCUACGACACACCGGUUCAGGAACUUAUUGUCAUUGAUGAUCUCUUGUCUGCGUUGGUUGGAAUUGAAGGGAGAUAUAUAUAUCAAUGAAAAGAUUCCAUGGGAAGGAAGAGAGUAUAUCUUUCCAAGUUGAUCCAUCUAUGGAUUUGGUGUUAC